UCAUCAAAACAUUUCGAAAAUGUCCAGUGGUCCCCCGCCAGCAAAGCCGCAGAGCAGCAUCUGCAUGCUGUGGCUGGUCAUUUGCAAGACGGCUCGCUUCCAGCUGGCCAAUACGCUGACCAGCGUUAUCAUCAUUGUGGGGCCCAUCGUUGUUUUCCUCGUCUAUGCGGCCACGGCUCUGUUCCGGGAGCCGUUGGCAGAUUCUGCGGUAAAGCACCCACCAGUCAAUAUCACCAUAAGCGAAGUGCCGUACAUUUUAUACUCACCUGAGAAUCUGGUUGUGGCUGCUGUCAUUGAGGAUGUGGUCCGCGAUCUGAAAGCCAAAGGUAGCGAGGCUUUUCCCAGCGCCUUUCAGUUAAAUCGCGCUCUAGUGGAAAAGAAUACAUACGGCUACGUGGGCAUUGAGUUUGAAGACACCUUCAGCGGCAUUAAGGUUCUCCCGGAUAAAGUCACGGUGGCCUUACGCUUCCCACUUCACUUGAUAACGAAUCCCAAGCUGACUUGGGACGACAGGGCGAUCUGCAAGCACUCCGACAUGGACACUGAUUACUAUCUGGAAGAGGGAUUCCUAGCUGUGCAGGCCAAACUGAGCGAGGCGUUGAUCAGGGCCAAAAACGAAAGCGCCAUCCUUCCAGAAGUGAUGGUGAAUCCCUAUCCAGACCCCAAGCACUUAGAGGGCACAUUCAUGGAUAACAGGUUGUCUUUGACUGGGGUCCUUCUCCUGCCCUUCACCAUAUCCGCCGCAUAUCUCGCACAAAUGAUUGUAAUGGAGAGGAGGGAGCAACUGAGGGCCAUGUUGGAGCUUCUGGGCGUCAGGGCGUGGAUCUACUGGAUGUCCUGGUUUUUGGUGGCAUUUCUCCUCUUAUCCAUUCCCACCGUGUUUAUGAUUCUCCUGCUGAAGUGGCGCUACUAUCCGAUGAGCGAUUGGUCUCUGGUGCUGUUCUUUCUUUUGGUCUACAACUUCGAGGUCUUGUGCUCGGCCUUCAUGAUUUCAUCCUUUUUCUCGGACACUGUCGGGGUGCAGGUGGCCAUCCUGAUCGUGCACUUAGUUGGCUGCCUGCCGUGGCGUGUAUUGAUUAUGGGUUAUGCGCCCACUGUACCAAAAGCUCUCUUCGUCUGCGUGUUCCUCAAUAGCUCGUUGGCCAUGGGACUGCAAGAAUUCUUGAAAAGCGAAAACCUCCACAUAGGAAUGCAUUGGAACAGACUCUUCGAGAAGACCGAUUGGAAAGAAGAAUUUAUAAACUUAGGCCCCAUUCUUAUGUUCAUGAUGCUCGGAGGCGUGGUGCGCUUGCUAGUUCUGGUCUACGUGGAGCACCUGAAGAGCCACCAGACCAAGAAGUGGUACUUUCCGGUCCAGCCAUCCUUUUGGUGCCCGGGAAGGGGGCGGCGGCAAACCAGCGAGCGUGAUCUUGAGUGGCAGGAGGAUGAGGAGUUUAGGGACCGCCCAUUGAUUAUCCGAACCAAGAACCUUGAAAAGGUUUACAACAAGCGCUCUGUUGUCACCGAUGUCAAUCUAGAUUUUUACCAGGAUGAGAUCACAGUGAUCCUGGGGCACAACGAUUCGGGCAAGACGACAAUACUUAUGCUCCUGGCCGGGUUCGUGAAACCCACCUCCGGCGAGGUGACCAUCAACGGAUAUGACCUGGCCACCAAGCUGAGAAAGGCGCGUCAGUCGAUGUGCAUUUGCCCGCAACACAAUGUGCUCUUCGAGAAGGUCAAAGCCAGAUGGCACCUCAAUUUCUUCUGCCGGCUGAAGGGAAUGAACCGGAAAGAGGCUUCUGCCGAGACGGACAAGUAUCUGGAGAUCGGCCUUUUGCAGGAAUUUGCCGACACGAAGGUUAAGGAUCUUCCCAGCGGCAUGAAGCGAAUGCUCAUGCUGUGCUGCAACCUGUGCGGCAACUCGAAGAUCCUGCUCUUGGACGAGCCGGGCACCAGUCUCGAUCCUCUGCUGCGUAACGAAAUGUGGAACCUGCUGCGCCGUGAACGAAUGGGGCGCUGCAUCAUCAUGUCCACGCACAACACGCAGGAGGCCGAGGUGGUCUCGGAUGAGAUUGUUAUCCUGUGCGAUGGCCAAGUGAUCGGUGUCGGCACCACCGGUUUCCUCACUCAGGUGGCCGACACGGGCUCCUUCUACCUUCUGAUCUGCACCAAGAUGGACGCCUGCUAUGUGGAAGAGGUGACGCACUUUCUGCAGAUCCGUUUUCCGGACAUCAGGCUGCAUAAUGAGUACGGUAUUUACGUAUCCUACGAAGUGCCCACAAAAUAUGUGCAGCAGUUCCCGGUUUUGUUACUGGAGCUGGAGAAUGCUCUGCCAGAUCUGUUGCUCCAGGAGUUUAGUUUGUGUGCCCCCACACUAGGCAGUGUCUUUCUGAGGAUUGGAGAGGAAGUGCGGGAGGCCUGGGGCCGGAGCAACUCAGUGAACUUGGUCUCAAGGCUUUCGCCCAUAUCAUCUCUGCUUAACCUCCUUCCCACCUUCGAUGUCCGCGAGGACAACGGAAGCGUAAAGUGCAGCAAUCAGUGGCGGGCCAUCAUGGAGAGGAAGAGAAUCUUCGCGUGGCGCAACCGAAGGUUGUACUGCGUUAUCAUCAUAAUUCCGAUCUUCGUUUGCGUGCUGGUCAUCAGUUUUGCGAUCCUACUGUUUAUACUUGACAAUCAUCUUUCCGAGCUACUGGUCACGGACCUGGGACUCUAUUCCAAGGCGGUGUUUGUGAUCGAAUCGCCCGGGGACGAGGAUAGCUUUGGCCAGCGCUACAGGCAGAAUAUAUUGAGUCGAGGAGCCUCUGUGCGCAGCACAAAGGGAACUCCUCUCGACGACUAUCUUCUGAAGCAGAUGAAGUCUAACCAGUUGAAAGUGAUGCACUCACUUUUGGCCGGCGUUACCUUUAACAGUACCGCCAAUUCGAUUGUCGCCUGGGCGAACAACAAGCUCGAGCACGGUUCCCCACUUUCCUUGGGCAUGGUUUACGCGGCCAUUGGACAUGAGCUGGCCCAACUAGACAUUGAGAUUGUUAACAAACCGUUCCAGGACUCGGUUCUGCAGGCAAUGUCCGGCAUCAGCGAGUACUUCUACAUAGAGUACGCCAUGCUGGUGUUCCAUUACCUUAUAGUGGCAACCACCAUUUUUGCCGCCCUGCCGAUCAUCGAGCGUCAGACCAAUGUGCAGCACCAGCAAUUUUGCAGCGGGAUGAGCCGGAUCACCUACUGGCUGUCGCACCUGUUCUGGGACUAUUGCUACUACAUCGUAAUGAUCGCGGCGCUGAUCGUGGUCAACGGAAUUGUAGUGAAAUCGCCUCUACCUGUCACACUCUUACUGAUCGCCUUCGGCUUCUCCGUCAUUUCGUUCACCUACUUGUUGUGCCUGAUGUCCAAUGAUUUUGGCAGGAUGUUCAGCCUUAUACUGUACAUUAACAUGAUAGGUGUCCUGGCCUUGUUCAUCCAUCCCAAGAGCAACGAAACCCGCUACGCUAUUCUUGAGACCAUGCUCUUGGCUCAUCCACAUUACUCAUUUUUUUGUGGCAUGCAUGAUAUCAUGUUAAGGAGGUGUGUCUACGGCUGGAAAUACCACAAAUUUCUGCUAAUCAGCGGUACAGUGUACCUGAUCCUGGUCCUUUUGGCGUGGGUUCCGCGUCGAGUGAGCUAUGCCUUCAAAUCUGUUAGGAACGAAAAGAUAGACCCAAGCCAUAGAAUUGAGGAUAAGGAAGUUAGCGAAGUCCGGCAGAGAUUAGGCUACUUGACAACAAGAGAAUAUAAUAAUUUCCCUCUCAUUCUGAAGAACGUUUCCAAACGAUACGGCAGUUUAUUGGCAGUAAGAUCUUUAACACUGGACGUUAAUCCCUUCGAGUGCGUUGGUCUGCUGGGAAGGAAUGGGGCGGGCAAAUCCAGCACCUUCUACAUGAUCGUAGGCAUGAGGUCGAUCACCGUGGGCAGCAUUCACAUCCUGGGAUUCAGUUUGAAGAGUCGUCCAAAGGACGGUCUGCGACUCGUGGGCUUCUGUCCGCGGGAAGAGAUGCUUUCGCCGUACAUGACCGGCAGGGAAACGCUGCACUUCUGUUGCAUGAUCAACGGCAUCCGGCGGGAGCACAUCAACAGACUGGUGGAGUCAAUGGGCGAGUGCUUUGGACUGGCCCGCCACAUGAACAUGCGUAUCAGCACCUACAGCAACGGCACCAAGCGGAAGCUAAUGAUUGCCAUGGCCACCCUGGCGCCCACGCUGAUGUGCCUCGAUGAGCCCACUGCCGGCGUGGACAUGCAUGCCAAGUACGAUAUCUGGAAGAUUCUGGAGGGCAUCCGACAAGGCGGUCGCGCCAUCCUCCUCACCACGCACAGCAUGGAGGAGUGCGAGUUCCUGUGCACUAAUGUGGGCAUCAUGGAUCACGGUUCGCUGCUCUGCUACGGAACUUUGUCGCGUCUGAAGUACCGCUUCAACAAGGGAAUCUUUGUCAAAGUGAAGAUGGGCACCCAGGCGGAAAUGGAUGAUGCGGCGGAGGUGUAUGGGCGGAUCACCAUGUUGCCCUCAAGUGACAGUGAAAGGGCAAGCACGCGUAGUUCUCGUCGGAUGUCAUUGGCGCACUUGGUACGACAUCAUAAGCCCACAAUGGAAGCAGUCAGGAAGUCGGAAUUUAGCCGAUCUCAAGUGAGCACCGGCCUCUCCGAAUUGGACAACCUUGAGAACUAUGACCUUUUGUUGCAAAGAUUAGAGGAAGUUUUCCAAAGGGACCAUCCCUACAGCAGUGUCAGCGACAAGUAUCCCUACCGAGGAAUGAUUACCUUCUGCAUUCCAAAAGGGAUGGUAACGUGGUCUGCGAUUUUUCUGUACAUGGAGAACUUAAAAAAUUCCAUGCAGAUAUUGUACUACUCGGUCAGUCAAACGACUUUCGAAGAUGUGUUUAUGGAGUUUGUGAGGAAGCAUAAUGAAUAAAUAGUAACUUCCUAAAUGAAUCAUACAUUUGCUCUAUCAACCUGCUGAGUGCCGGAACGCUUAUCGUAUCUCUGGAUUUGAAUAGAUAUCUGUGAAAGUUUCUUCCACCAAAUGCUAACAAAUCGCAAAAAUUCAGUUUAACGUUGCGAAAAGAGAGUAAAUAAAUCAGGCGAUUUCGCUGAAUCAUGAACCGGCAUUUUCGGCAAACUGAUACUCUGGUUUGUAAAAUUGUUUGUAUAUAUUUUAUAACAUAUGUAGCUAACAAAUAAAUUUUAAAUUAAACU